UACGGCACGCGGCAGAAGCGGCAAGUGACGUGAAAGUCGGCGGAGAAGGCGGAAGGCGAAGUCUGCCGCUUCCGCGCACCACCAAACAACCAAGCACAAAGAAAAAUGGACGAAAAGUUAAUAGUGAGCGUGUUUAAGUACCCAGUGCUGUACGAUGCGACUUUGGUCGAAUACCGCUGUAUGGACAGUCGGAUUAUCGCGUGGAAAAACGUCAGCACUUUAGUCGGGCAACCGGUGGACGAUUGCAAACGGAAAUGGAAGAACUUGAGAGAUCACUUCAUCAAAGAGUUGCGCAAAGAGGUGCGCAGCAAGUCGCAAGGCGAACUUGUUAGCAGCCGCUGGAAGUACAGACAGCAGCUGAACUACCUAGCGCCAUUCUGCACUCCCAGGCGCAGAGUGCCCGACUUGGACCAAGACCGAGACCGCCAGCGCGCACCCGCCGGCGCUGAGGCCGAGACCAAGCCCUCCGACAAGGCUGACGUACUGCCCGUCGCCAAGAUCCCAGAUGUCAGGUCACAGGCAAGUCCCAGGUGGCGUUUGUGUACCAGCUCGUCUCCCCGGGAACCAGGAUGCCGCAGAGUCCUCAGAGCGUCAGGAAUGGAGGACACAAUCGGCCUCCGUCUCCGGCAAAAUGGGCGAAGAAAGAAAAGGGCCCCUCGUUGGACUCGGACAGGUCGAGGGACGAAGACGAACUCUUCCUGCUCAGCUUUGUCCCGGCCCUCAAGAGACUGGCGCCUCAGAAGCGAUACCAGACCAAACUGAAAAUUCAGCAGAUCAUGUACGAGGCAGAGUUCAACGUGGAGCAGCCGGAAAGUAACCACACGAACCUUCCGGAAACACAAGACUAAGACAGAUCUUUUGUGUGUGUGUUUUCUGACGUGUUCAAAGAAAAUUUAUAUCGUCCCUGUUGGGCGGACACCUAUUUCCAAAUAUGUUCAAUUUCAUAUUUUUUUUUUUACAAAUCAAUACUGCUGGUGAAUCCCUAUGUGGGUCUGUUAUUUUUACAAAUAUUAACCAAUCUAAAAGGUUGAAAAUUGUUUGAGGUCAAAUCUAAAUUCCACCACUUCACUCCACGGGGCCUUGCGGCAUUACGUCUCCUCAAGAUUGAAAGUUGCAACGGGUUAGAAAUCCUCAUCGCGCAACACGUCCUCUGCAUUUAUGCUGCUGUUUUUUUUUUUUUUUUAAACGCCUUACAGCGACUUUAUGCAAGUUUCCCAACGUCGAAGCCUUUGCCGAACUAUGUGCCGCUAACGCUAAUCAGUGCUAGCAUGCAGCUCUGCAUAGCUUUGUGGCUCUGACAUGAUGGUGCUUCCGUGUAGUCCGGUGGCAGGAAAGUGGCUUUGGAUCUUUGCCCAGUCUAGCUGCCAAAUCAUGGGCAGGGUUAUGUAAAUUAGCCCCACUGUUGCAUUACGAUCCAGGACUCGCUCACAGAAACAAAGAAAUAGUCAGCUCACGAAAGAUUUCCUUGGUUGUUUAAUUUCACACUUGAUGGAUGGAUGGGCGGGCGGGCACCCCAUAUACACCAUUAUUGGGAUACAACCCACUAUAGGUUUUUUUCCAUAAUUGUCCCUAUUAAACCUUGACUUUACGACCCUU